GAAAAUUUGCAGGCAGCAUCCUGAGGUGAUUAUCUACCAAAAAGACCAAGGGUGGCAUGGGGAAAAAUGCAUGGAUUUUGGGAUAUGCCGUGGUGGGGCGAAAACAGGCUGAAAACUCGCACCGUCGCGCGGUAGCGCCCAUGCCAUGGAGCCAUUGGCUGGAGGUCGUCCACAGCAAGUUUGGGGCGAUUUGGUCGAGCAGAUUUCGCUGGGCGGGAUGGGGUAGUGCGGAAGUUGGCACGAUAGCAGAGCAUCAGCAGGCCGUGAACCUCGAAAUCGUGCGGGCCAUGGCGUUGGUGGCGCAGCACAGCACGGACGGCCGAGCAUUAACCCCAAAACUGAAAAAAUGGGCAUUUUUGAAGGGGGGAUGCACGCAUGCUGCCGUUCUGCUGGGGGUUGGGGCUGGGGCUGGGGCUGGCCGCAGCAACGCAGCACAAGACCUAUUGCAUCGCGGCAGCAGCAACGACUGUGGCAGCAAUUGGGAGGAGCCGAGCGGCAGGAAGGGCGCACCAUGCGUGAGUAGCAGUAGCAACUCAACCAACUCCCACGACGUGCAGCUCACUACUCAGAAGUUUCCCGGAGUUGCUUAUUUCCUGCCGCUGCCCAUUGCCUGCCGUUGCUCAUUGCUUGCUUCUGCUCACUUCCUACCAUUGCUCACUUCCUACCAUUGCUCACUGCCCAUUGCUUACUACAAGACGUUUUAACCUUUUUUCUUAUAAAAAAAUGAUAGCAAU